AUUAGGUAAAAAAUUAAGUAUAAAAAAGAAAUCAUGGACAUAUAAAGCAAAAAAUAAAGCAAAAGGUUUUGUAAAAAGAUUAUCUGGAUCUACUAGUGGUAGUGAUCUUAAUACAAGUAAUAUUAAAAAAUCUUUUACAAAAAGUAUGAGCUUUGAUAGUAAAGAAGUUAUAGAUCAAGGGGAACGAAUAGAUACUGGUUGGACAUUUGUAUCUUCAGAUAUAAAAGAACCAGAAAGUCCAAUAAUGACAAAAUCUGAUAGUUCGAUUAAUAGAGGAUUAUUUAGUUUUAGUAAUCUUACAGGAAGAAGUGCAUCAGAAAGUUCUAUUAGUAAAUCAAUAUCAGUAACACAACCAGAUAAAUAUUCAUAUAGUGAAUAUUGUAAGGUAUUAUUUGCAACAAAUAGUUGGACAAUUAAUUCAGCACCAUGUUAUGCAGCAUAUCAUGCAAAAAAAGGUGAUUUAGAUGGAUUAAAAUGGCAUAUACAUGUACAAAAAGAAAAAUUAAAUGAAAUUCAACAAAUAACAGGUCCAAGAAAUAGUUAUAGGAGACCAUUAGAACCAUUGAUGAUAGAGGUAGCACAAUAUUGUCCAGGAGAAAAUAUAAUUCAAACUUUUACAUCAUUAAUAUCAAUGGGGGCAACAUGUGAUUGUACAAAUUCAUAUACAGGGGGAUCACCAAUAAAUUAUUUAGGAGAGAACAAAUCAUUAUUUUCAUCAGAAACAAAUUCACAAUAUUUUAAAGAUUCAUUAACAUAUUUAAUAACAAAUGGAUGUUUAAUUAAUGCAAAAAGGUCAAAUGGGGAUACAUUAUUAAUUACAUUAUUAUUUAAAUGGUAUAAAGAAUUAACACCUAAUGUAAUUAAAUUUUGUUUGGAUAAUGGAGCGAAUCCUAAUUUAAGUAAUGAAAUUGGUGGUAAUCCUUUAGGAUAUACUUUAACUCAAAUUAGAUUUAAUCAUCGUGGUGGACCAUUUGAAAAAAUUUAUAAAAUAUUAAAGUUAUUGGUUAGAUAUGGUGCUGAUGUUAAUAGACAAAUUACUAUACCUGGUAAAAAAUUACCUAAUUUAUUAUUCGUAUGUGUUGAUAUGGGAUUAAAUAUGAAAGAAGAAUGGGUUAAAAAAUUAAUUAAAAGAUUAAUUAAAUGGGGUGUUGAUGUGAAUGCUAGAAUGGGAGAACAAAAAAAAUUUGAUGAAGAAAUUAAUAAUAAUAAUUAUGAUAAUGAUAAUGAUGAUGGUGAUAUUAUAAAACUUGCUGGUACAAGUAAAGAUGAGACAACAACACCAAAAGUAACAUUUAAUUUAACGGAAGAACAAAAAGAAAAAGAAUUAUUAACAAAAGUUGAAUCAUUAAACAUUUUGGGUUAUGCAGCUAAAUUAUCACAAUUAAGUACCAUAAAAAUUUUAUUAGAUAGAAUUUAUUCUAUAAGUUCACCUGAAAGUAUUAAAGAAGCUUUAAACGUGACUAGUAAAGGAGAAGUUGAACAAAAAAAAUUUUUUAUGAGUUGGUUAAAUGAAAGUGGUAAAGAAAAAAGAGAUAAAGUUAAAGCUAAAAUGGAAAGAAGAGAAAUGAGGAGAAGAGAAAAAUUGAAGAAAAAGGUGAAAAAAGGAAAGCAAACCGAAAAUUAUGAUGAUGAUGAUGAUGAUGACGAUUAUGAUUACGAUGAUGAUGAUGAUGAUGAUGAUGACGAUGAUAAUGAUGAUGAAUAAACGAUAUGCGAGUCGAAGUAUAAUAAUAUAACGAAGAUAUGUCAAAGUAUAAUAAUAUAGAGUAUUACGGCGAGAAAUUAUGGUGAUAAAUAUUAUGGCGAUGAAUAAUAACAUGACAAGGAAUAAUUAUGCGAAGAAUAAAAUAAAAAAAAAAAAAAAUU